AUGGUAGUGUCAGCUGUCAUAAAAGAGGUAAAAAAGACACACCUGCUAGAAGUUGCAAAGAGUCCAGUAGGACUUAAUGAACUCGUAGAAGAUUGUGAAAGGAAAUGUUGCCUCAAUGAAAAGAAGAGAGGCAAUAUCCUUGGGAUUUUCGAAAUGGGUGGAUCUAGAAAAACAACUCUUGCCAAAGAACUGUAUAACUGCAAGCAUUUAGAAUUUAAAGCUUCCUGUUUUUUGUUUGACGUGAGAGAAGCAUCUGCCACAAGCCAGUUGCCCUCCCUUCAAACCAAGCUUUUGAAAGAUCUUGUUGAGGAGAAUCAUCCUAAAUUUGGAAGUCAAGAGGAAGGGAAAAAUUAUCUUAAAAACCGUUUCGGAAAAAGAGGUAUCUCCUUGAGCUUUUUAAUUGUUGUGGAUGAUAUUGAUCACGCAGACCAAUUAGAUGCUUUAUCGGUCAUGGAUAUGCUGAAUAUAGAUAGUUUGGCAAUUGUGACCGCCCGUGAUGAGAGAGUCCUAGUGCGGGCUGGAAUUACUGCUCGUUAUAAGAUGAAAGAAAUGAAUCUAAUUCAUAGCAGGCAGCUUUUCUGUUGGCAUGCAUUUGGCCACCCAAAUCCUACCCCAGGAUAUGAGAAUCUCGUGGAGAGUUUCGUUAAAAGGUGUGGGGGUUUACCUCUAUCUCUCCAAGUGAUUGGUCGGCUUGCUUUUGGCCGGAAUGAUAAGGAACACUGGAAGCUAGUAUUGAAUAAAGAGAAAAGUAUGGCCAUAAGAAUUUGGGAGGGAUUAGGAUGGUGUGCGGAACACUCACUUCAAACACUGAAAGAAAAGUGCCUUGUUGAAGAGGAAACCAACAUUUACAAGUCUACUUUGAGAAUGCACGACCACCUCCAGGAUUUGGGACGAGGAAUGGCACACGAAUUGAACCUUCCUCCUCGCAUAUGGCGUCCUCAGCAUCUUCGUACUUUGGAAUCAGAGGGAUAUGAAAAAAUCCUAGCCACAGCUAAAGGCCAUAGUUUCAGGUGUCUCAAUUCUAUUUUUGAGAUGUCUAUUCGAUCCCAAAUUACCUAUUUUUUGGGUAAUAGAGAUGAUUACUCUAACACAUCAGUAGCCUUGUUAUGGUUCGAGCUUGACCUCAGUUGGCAUUGGCACAAGAGCAUUCCCUCGUGGAUUCCUCUGCAAAAUUUGCAGUGUUUGAAAAUCAAGAGAGGACAUCUUAAAAGAUUAUGGCCAAGAACUUUACAGGUAACUUGCUAUAAAUGUUCGAGAUCAUCCUCUACCAUUCAUCAGCAAGAAGAAGAAAGAUAUGGUUCGAGACAACUAUUUCUUUAUGAAACAGCAUCGCACUAUCCCAGACUUGAAUCUUUGCAUCUUGUAUCCAUUGAAUCUCUGAUUAAACUGAGCAUAAUAGGGCCACCAACAAUGCAUUUUCUUGCAGUGGAAGAUUGUAAGAAAUUGCUAAGCAUAUCAGAAGAAUUUGAUCUAGCAAAGCUUGUAAUAUUUGAUUGUCCGAAACUUCAAACGCUGCCCAGUCUAGCAAAUUCACGCUUCCUAGAGAGAAUUACCGUGGAUAAAUGUUGGCGUCUUAGAAAAGGUGUUAAUGCACCGGCAACACUAAAAUAUUUGCACUAUUAUGCUGCCCCUAAACUUGUAAAUAGUUUCAUCUCCACCCGGAAGACAAUGCCGUCAGAAUUAACUAGUAUAAUUGGAAAAGCAGUCCAUGGAGCAGAGUCGACCUUAAAUGCAACUCUCUGCUCACAUGGAGACGUUGUACGGAUCAGGCUGCCAGAGGGUGAAUCCAUAUGCUGCUCUCUGGAGGAAGGAGAAUGGGUGUGGAAUAUUGUUGUUAACGAUCCUGAACUGAUAAAGCAUGCACAACAUUAUAUUGCAGAAUCCUAUUGGAUUCCGACAAUGGAUUAUCCUCGUCUCGACAGUAGAAUAAAGAAGGGGUAUGUCUGCACCAUCGACACAGGCCAGGAAGGACAACUCACUCAAUUAUUGUCUAUGAUUAUUGGUCAACUUUACAAUCGAGGAUGA